UUAAUUAAGAAAUCAGUAUUAUCCGUAAUGAAACACAUCGUACAUAGCGACACGUUGGUAUUUAAAUUCGUAUUUUGGUUACGGCAUAUGGUAAUUCUCAGUGUAAUCUAUUAAAAUAUGUACCGAUGUUGAAUCUACGCACUUCGCAACGAGCUCGCACACCUAUAUAUAAGUGGUGUUCAGUCGAUCUACAGAUUUGUAAUAGAUACCGGAUAACGCGGUUCGUCGGUUAUUUGAUUUUGUGCUCCGGUUUGGUGAGCUGACAUUUGGCCAACUUCGUUAGUCUGUGCGACAGCGAUUCAAGUAAAAUAUAUCAGGAUGCUCGCCGACGACACUGACGCAUUGGUAUUUAGUAAAUCGAACGCCGUGAAGCAAAUUACGUCGGAAGAGGUUCGACAGAAUUUAGUAUGGAAAAACAUUUUUCGGCUAGGGUUUUUCCACGUGGGAUUUGUGUUUGCUUGUAGCGUCUACGGCUUUGGGCUAUCUGCUGUACCGAUAAAAUGGUUAACCGUUUUGUGGGCCGUGAUCGGCUAUUACGUAUCGGGACUAGGAAUAACCGCGGGAGUUCAUCGUCUCUGGAGCCACCGAGCCUACAAGGCAACCCUCGGCUUACGAAUCAUGUUGAUGCUAAUGUACUCCGCCGCUGGCCUGUACGGUAUAUUUUACUGGGUCAAGGAUCACAGAAUCCACCACAAGUAUUCCGAUACCGAUGCCGAUCCCCACAACGUGAAGCGAGGCUUCUUCUUCUCCCACAUUGGAUGGCUUAUGGUUGAAAGACAUCCCGAAUACCGUCGUCGACAAAAGGAAAUCGACUUGAGCGAUAUCAUCGCUGACCCAGUGGUCAUGUUCAAUAAGAAGGUGAUCAAUCCGGCAGAAAACCCCAUAGUUUCUUUGCUGACAGCCGGUGAAGGCUUUCACAACUAUCACCACACGUUCCCCUGGGACUACAAGGCGUCCGAAUGGCCAUACUUGAGUUUGAAUUUCACUACAUUAUUAAUUCAUGCUUUAUGGAAAAUUGGAUGGGCGUAUGAUUUGCGAGAACCUUCACCCGCCCUCGUGCAAAAAGUUAUCCACGAAAUUGGUCAUAAACCUAACGCGUCAUACCUGAUUCAUUAACACGGUUAUAACCCAACCGUUCUCCGAAAUACAUAGGAAAUGUCGAAAAUGUUGUGGCAUUCGAUAAAGUGUACUAUAAUUUCAAAGUAGACGAGUUAAUCGCCUUAAGCCCAUUCAAGUAUUCGAGUUUCUAAAAAUUUCCUUCCCGGUUGGGGUAAACCAUCCGCAUUGUGCGCUAUUUUGUAUCGAUGGAUCGUUCCGUCGUGCGUCUCGCGUGCAAUAUUGAAUUCCGUUUUCAAAUACCGUUUUCGCAUUGUCUGUAGUCCCACCAGCGCCGUAUUUGACAUUGGUGAGUUUAGAAAAAACAAUUAUUUCUCUCCAAUAAAAUCCCUCAACCAAAUUCCCUUACACUUGAUGCAAUUGAAAAAAGUACUGUAGGCAAUCGUAAUGGAUCAGAGACAUCGUCGAAUUCCAUUAGUCGCGUCAAUGAAAGUAGUAACAGGUAUAUUAGAUUUGAAGUGAAUUAUACACUCAAACAAAAGUUUUUUCACGUCAAACUGAAAUCUUUUCCACAUCAUCAACUUUUUCCGUUGCUAUACAGUUGACCAGAGUUAUCUUUAAUUUGGAAUAAUAUUUUGUUUGCUUUACUUCAUUCAACACAAAUAAAUCAGCUCAUUGAUCCAACAACACAAUUGAUAACUAUGUGCAUUCUAUUGAGGUAUUUUUUUCAGAGGACAAUCUAUUACGUUAAAUAUAGAAGAAGCUUAUAUAUAUGUAUAUACGUACGUCAAAAAAAUUUCUGG